AUGGUGCGUCAGCUGCACGACGGUAUGAUGGCGCGAGCCACGGACAACGGAGCUGUCUCAGAGGCAUUCGCAGUGACUAACGGAGUGAAGCAGGGAUGCGUGCUGGCACCAACCCUCUUCAGUCUUAUGUUCUCUGCCAUGCUGAUGGACGCCUACCGCGACGAACGUCCCGGGAUUCGCAUUGCCUACAGGACGGACGGUCACCUGCUGAAUCAACGGCGGAUGCACUUCCAAUCACGCGUAUACAAAACAACCGUUCACGAACUCCUCUUCGCCGACGACUGCGCCCUGAACACCACCUCAGAAGAGGAGAUGCAACGGAGCAUGGACCUGUUCUCCGCCGCCUGCGAGAACUUCGGUCUGGUCAUUAACACGCAGAAGACGGUGGUGGUGCACCAACCGCCACCCAACUCAGCCACAGCCCCCAACGCGCCGCCGCAAAUCAGCGUGAAUGGGACCCUACUGCAAGUGGUGGAGAACUUCCCGUACCUGGGCAGUACUCUCUCCCGCACCACCAAGAUUGAUGACGAAGUCGCCAACAGGAUCUCGAAAGCCAGUCAAGCCUUCGGUCGUCUCCAAAGCACAGUUUGGAAUCGUCACGGUCUUCAACUGAACACGAAGCUGAAGAUGUACAAGGCCGUCAUCCUGCCGACGCUACUGUAUGGAGCGGAGACCUGGACGGUGUACACGAGGCAGGCACGCCGUCUGAACCACUUCCACCUCAGUUGUCUUCGUCGCAUCCUGCGGCUGAACUGGCAGGAUCGCAUCCCCGACACUGAUGUGUUGGAACGAACGGGAAUGCUCAGCAUCUACUCCAUGUUGAGACAAAUGCAGCUGCGCUGGAGCGGCCACCUGGUGCGCAUGGACGACGAGCGGCUGCCCAAACGACUCUUCUACGGAGACGUCGCGACGGGUUCUCGUCGUCAAGGAGGCCCAAUUCAUCGAUACAAGGAUACCCUGAAGUCCUCUCUGAAGCCACUGCAAAUCAACCCGACCAACUGGGAAGAGCUCGCCUGCGAUCGUCCGGUAUGGAGGAGAACAGUGAAGACGGGCGCUGCUAUCCACGAAGCCAACCGCAUCGCCGCCGCCAAAGCGAAACGCGAAGCCCGCAACUCACAACUGCGCCCAGUCAGCAACGCUGCCGCACAACUGCUUCCAACGUGUCCUCGAUGUAAGCGGACAUUCCGGGCUCGAAUCGGCCUUGUUGGACAUCUUCGGAUCAACUGUGCCUCUCGAACUGCACCAAACUUCAUCCCCCCGCCCGCGUCAUCCUCGUCCUCUCUGCCGCCGAAUAACACUGUGAAUUCUUCUGCACCAUCACUUCCAUCCUCCUCCUCCUCCUCCUCUGCCUCCUCUGCCUCCUCCUCCUCCUCCUCCUCCUCCUCCUUCUUAUCCUCCUCCUCCUCCACCACCAUCCCCACCACCACUGCCCCAACGGCGGCCGCUCAGGCAGCCGUCUCGCACAUCUCCGACCGCGACACAACAACCGGCACCACCCCCGCCUCUCCUGACUCCAGCAAUGAGAAUCAGGACUACACCUGUCCUCACUGCGACCGCACCUUCACCUCGCACAUCGGCCUGGUCGGUCACUUGCGAAUCCAUCGCACAGAGACCGGCGAACCAGUGCCUGAAGCACCAACCUACACCCACCGCUCUCGCCUCCACUGCCCACACUGCCCUCGCACCUUCACGCAUCGCAUGGGUCUAUUCGGCCACAUACGCAUCCACGAGAGCGGAAUCAACCACAAUUCCGACACACCAACCACGCCCAUCAUGCCCAGCACCACCCUCGCACCGUCCAUCUGCGCCACCACCAACGCCUCCUCUGUAGCUGAUUCUGACGCCGCCGACUUCACGUGCCCACACUGUCCACGCACACUUACCUCACGCAUCGCCCUGGUCGGUCACUUGCGAAUCCAUCGCACAGAGACCGGAGAACCAGUGCCUGGACCACCAACCUACACCCACCAAGCUCGUCUCAACUGUCCACACUGUCCUCGCACUUUCAGGCACCGCAUGGGCCUAUUCGGCCGCAUGCGCAUCCACGACGACCUGCGGUAG